UACAGACGAGCGCACAUGUUGCUACCCAGGCUGAGCUGCUGCUGCUGCUGCCGCCGCCGCCCUCGGCUGCCGCUGUUGUUGUUGCCGCUGCUGCCGCCACGACCUCCCUCGCUGUCUUCUCUCGCCACUCGCUCGCACGUCAGAUUCCGAGCGGCGCAGGCGGCAGGGCGGAGGCUCACGGCGACGCUCGAGGUCAAGCGGUGGUCGUCGUCGUUGUUGUCGGCGUCGUUGUCGGCGGCGAGGGGUGGAGGCGAAGGAGCGGCGCGCGAGAUGGGAGACGAAGAGGCGAGGGAAGCCGUGUUGGCCCCGCUCAGGGCGGCGGUGAAGGAGCAGGGUGAGCUGGUGAGAAAUUUAAAGACGGAUGGGGCCCCCAAGGUGGACGUGGAUAAAGCCGUGACAGAACUGAAGAAUCGCAAGAGGAUAUUGGAGGCUAAGGUUCUUGCCUUGGAGCCAAAGGAUGACAUCAUCGACCGGGCCAAGAUGGAGGACACCCUUAAGAGGCGGUUCUUCUACGACCAGGCCUUCGCCAUCUAUGGAGGUGUGAGUGGCCUCUUUGACUUUGGGCCGGUGGGCUGCGCCCUCAAAAACAACAUAAUCCAGCAGUGGAGGCAGCACUUCAUCCAGGAGGAGCAGAUCCUGGAGAUUGACUGUACCAUGCUCACGCCUGAGCCCGUCCUCAAAGCAUCAGGGCACGUGGACAAGUUUGCUGACUUCAUGGUGAAGGACCUCAAAAAUGGGGAGUGCUUCCGUGCUGACCACCUACUCAAAGCUCAUCUGGAGAAGCUCAUGUCCGAUAAGAAGUGCUCGGAGGAGAAGAAGGCUGAGAUGAAGAACGUCAUCACACAGAUGGACAAUUACCAACAGUCGCAGCUGGCAGAUCUGUUCACCGACUAUGCCGUGAAGUCGCCCGUCACAGGAAACGACCUCUCGCCUCCCCUGGCCUUCAACCUCAUGUUCCAGACGUCCAUUGGGCCGGGCGGGCAGACUCCCGGGUACCUGCGGCCCGAGACGGCCCAGGGCAUCUUCCUCAACUACAAGCGGCUGCUGGAGUUCAACCAGGGCAAGCUGCCCUUCGCUGCCGCGCAGAUCGGGAACUCCUUCCGCAACGAGAUCUCUCCACGCUCCGGGCUCAUCCGUGUCAGGGAGUUCACGAUGGCAGAGAUCGAGCACUUUGUGGACCCCACCGAGAAGCAUCACCCCAAGUUUGAGAACAUGGCUGACUUGGAGCUGUCCCUCUACUCGGGCCAAGCGCAGACGAGCGGGCGCUCGCCGCAGCGCAUGCGCCUCGGCGACGCCGUGCAGCAGGGCAUCAUAAACAACACGGUGCUCGGGUACUUCAUCGGCCGCAUCUACCAGUUCCUGGUGAAGGUCGGCGUCAAGGACGAGCACCUCCGCUUCCGCCAGCAUAUGGACAAUGAGAUGGCGCACUAUGCCUGCGACUGCUGGGACGCUGAGACGAAGACCUCAUACGGAUGGAUCGAGGUGGUGGGCUGCGCCGACCGCUCCUGCUUUGACCUCCAGUGCCACUCCCGUGCUACCAAAGUGCCACUGGUGGCCGAGAAGCCUCUCAAAGAGCCCAAGGUGGUGGAGGUGGUGCAGCUGGAAGCUAACAAGGGCAUCGUUGGAAAGGCCUUCAAGAAAGAUGCACGGCUGGUGAACAAGUUUCUGGAAGAUUGCGACAGCUUCUAUAUCGAAUCGGUGGAGAAGCAGCUUGCAGAGAAGGGAGAGUUCAGCUUUGAGGUGGAAGGGAAGAGCUUCACUCUGUCCAAGGACAUGGUGACUGUCAAGCGUUUUCAGAAGACACUCUUCGUGGAGGAGGUGGUGCCCAACGUGAUUGAGCCAUCGUUUGGAAUCGGCCGCAUCAUGUACACCAUCCUGGAGCACAGCUUCCGCGUGCGGGAGGGUGACGAACAGAGGACGUAUUUCUCCUUCCCGCCCACCGUCGCUCCCUACAAGUGCUCCGUGCUGCCUCUCAGCCAGAACCCGGAGUUUGCGCCCUUCGUCAAGAUGCUGUCGGAGGCGCUGACGCGGAACGGAGUGUCGCACAAGGUGGACGACUCGUCGGGGUCGAUCGGGCGCCGCUACGCGCGCACCGACGAGAUCGGAAUCUCGUUCGGCAUCACCGUCGACUUCGAUACCGUCAACCGGCAGCCCCACACCGCCACGCUGCGCGAGCGGGACUCCAUGCGCCAGAUUCGCGCCGAGGUGGACGAGCUGCCGGGCCUGGUUCGGGACCUGUCCAACGGUGUACUCGCGUGGGCCGAGGUGGAGGCCCGCCACCCGCUUUUCGAGGGCCAGGAGACGGGCAAGAAGGACGUGGAGGAGUGAGAGGGCAUGGGGAGGGGGGGCACAGCAGAAGCUUCCUCCUCGGGCACCCGCUCGUUGUCACGUUCAGCCACUCCGCCGCCCCCCCCCCCCCCCGCGCUUCCUCUCGCCCCAGCCCCGUAGCGUGACCUUGUUUACAAGGGAUGGCCGAUAAACAACUCAGGGGGACGCACGACACGGUCAACGUUAAACAAACUUCAAACGAUUGAGCGCCGAACGCAUUGAGUAAUGACGUUUAUCUGCCUUUGUCUAUCAUGCACAUUGUGUUCUCUUACUCAUGUGUAUGAAAAAGUCGACUUUUAAUUUUGCUCAAUUGCGUCGCCUAUUGCAAGCCAUCACAUCUGCAUUGACGACGCAGAAUUGUGGUAACGUGCAAACAAAUAUGCUUCCGUUGUCAGCAUUUUUACAGUUGUGGCACCACGGUGGCACAAGGUAUGCAGGAGGUGGAACAAGGUAUGCAGGAGGUCGUGGAUUCGAUCCUGACCCUGGCAAUGCCUGUUGUGGUAUGUUUGGAGUUAGCAUGUUUUACCCGUGGCAGCAUGUUUCUUUCUCUGGUUCGCCCAGUUUUUCCCUCCACGUUUAGAAUGGACGUGCAUUUCGAGUGUUUGGCUGCUUCUAUGAAUUUCCACAUGAUGAAUAGUCACUUUGUUGAGCUAUCAUUUGUGGCCAGGUCGCUUCUAAAAAGAGCUAAUAGCUCAGUGGGCCUUACCUGGUAAAAUAAAAAGUGUUAGUAAAUGAUUGUUCAACUGUGUCCCUGCUGUUGUGCCAUCAGCAGGGGGGGGGGUGGGCUUAGUCCGCUCUAGCCCCCACACCCAACGCUUGCGUGGCUGUCUCGCACUUUUGUGGACGUGACCGUGGUUUUCCUGCCAGGACCUUGGCCAACCGCGGGUGCAAAGCGACCUUUCUCGUGUGUUCCGUCGCCACGUGAAAUUCCCUUGGUGAAAAAAUCCCCCGUCCCGCCUCUCGCGCGAAUUUCAAAAUAAUACUUUUACGUUAUUCUUUUUAGUGGAGUGGGGGGGGGGGGGGAAUUAUGCCAUCAACAAUUCCCUUCACGUUUGUGCAUCGCAUUGUUAAUUUGCGUUUAAAUGACUGUUUUUAGGGAGGAAAUUGAUUGGUGUCUCGUGGGGAGAUGGUUGAAAGUGCAAUGUCGACGGGUCUGUGUGCUGCCAUUUUUGACCUCCGCCUCUUUGCUCCGUGUAUCAAAGCGCUCCGUUUCCUGCUGGUUCAAAUCUCGGGCACGCACAAUUAUUUGGGCUCAUUCCAUUUUAUGCCGAUUGUUCAUAAAUAAACGGCACGUGGUUUGCUCGG